CAGUGUCGGGUUGGCAUUGAUCACUUUAAGGCUUUAGACACAUCUAUCACCUAAAUCUACCACACACAAGACAACCAAAGAUGGGCUGGGAUGGAGGAUACGAGCCCAAUGGCACUGAGGGAAAAAACUUCUACAUACCGAUGUCCAACAAAACCGGAAUUGUCCGAAGUCCCUUUGAAUACCCACAGUACUACAUGGUGGACCCAAUGAUCUACAAGGUCCUAGCCUUCUACAUGUUCUUUCUGAUCUGCACUGGAACUCCCAUAAAUGGACUGACAUUGUUUGUAACAGCUCAAAACAAGAAAUUACGGCAGCCUCUCAACUACAUCCUUGUAAAUCUGGCCGUGGCCGGACUCAUCAUGUGCUGCUUUGGCUUCACCAUCACUAUUACAUCCGCUGUAAAUGGAUACUUCAUUCUUGGACCCACUUUUUGUGGUAUUGAGGGAUUCAUGGCAACACUUGGGGGUGAAGUGGCUCUCUGGUCCUUGGUUGUGCUUGCUAUUGAGAGAUAUAUUGUCGUAUGCAAACCCAUGGGCAGUUUCAAAUUCACUGGAACUCAUGCUGCCGCUGGAGUUCUUUCCACCUGGAUCAUGGCUCUUGCUUGUGCAGCACCCCCACUUUUCGGGUGGUCCAGGUACAUUCCUGAAGGAAUGCAGUGCUCCUGCGGACCUGACUAUUACACUUUGGCUCCAGGAUACAACAAUGAAUCUUAUGUCAUCUACAUGUUUGUGGUUCACUUCUUCAUUCCUGUUUUCCUGAUUUUCUUCGCUUAUGGAAGCCUUGUCAUGACAGUCAAAGCUGCCGCAGCUCAGCAGCAAGAUUCAGCUUCUACACAGAAAGCUGAGAAGGAGGUAACACGAAUGUGUCUCUUGAUGGUGUUGGGCUUCCUGGUAGCCUGGACACCAUAUGCAACUUUUGCUGGCUGGAUCUUUCUAAACAAAGGAGCAGCUUUCACAGCUCUGACUGCUGCCUUACCUGCUUUCUUUGCUAAAAGCUCAGCACUGUACAAUCCUGUUAUCUAUGUGCUGAUGAACAAACAGUUCCGUAACUGCAUGCUCAGCACCAUUGGAAUGGGCGGCAUGGUGGAGGAUGAGACCUCAGUUUCAACUAGCAAGACAGAAGUCUCAACUGCUGCUUAAGGACCCCUUGUCUUAAUCAUGAUGAUGUCUUCAAGUCUUUGGACAAGUUUCUGAAGAAUUAUUUUAUGAUAUUUAUUGACCACUCCAAAAAGAAACUUUUGCCAAAUGGAUUCAUGGAUUUAUUAACUGAGGAACAAGGAAUUCUGUCUCAUCUGCUUAUACAUGUAAAGUAUCAAGUACCUCAGAGUAAUCUUCUAUAGCAGCUGUGGGAAUGUGUGCCUGUGAGAGCGUAUGUUAAUGAAUGCAUGGCUGAAUUUGGAUCUACCUGAGCACCUCAUACUGUAUAUACACAGGCUUUGAAUCGCUGUUCCUGAACCCAUUAAUUGCUGAAUGUUCAAACAAGUGUGGGAUGUUUGUUACUCUGUAAGGUAAAACGUUUUAUUGGUUUACCAGCUGCAUUAUUUUUUGCAUUUUUUGAAAAAGAUAAAAAAAAAAAAUACAUAGUGUUGGUUAGACAAUAAAUGCAUGCAUCAAAAGAAA